CUAAUUUUUAAAAAUUUAGUUACUUUUUUUUCUCUUUGCGAUCUUCAACACAAAUGACACGAGGAAAAAGAAGACGUAGGAGGUUUUUUCCAGCAGCUUUUAAUCAUCGCGUUCCUCUCAGUUUGCACCGACUCUGAGCGUUUGGGCUUCCAGCCAGCAGAAGAUGAAAAGCUGCCAAUGAGCGAAUUCUGUGUUGAGUCCCGGCCAUGGCUGCCCAUCGCAUCAUCAGAGUGACGAACAACAGUCACAUCCUCCCUCGCUGCAAGUCCGAGGGGACGCUCAUCGACCUUAGCGAAGGGGUCACUGGGGCCAGUCUCAGCGAUGUUAAAGUGCCUUCUCCGAGUGCCUUAAGGCUGGACACUUCAGCCUCCUAUGGAGCGGCGCAGGAAGUGGUCGCUAUUAAGGAUUAUUGCCCCAGCAGCUUCACCACGCUGAAGUUCUCCAAAGGUGAUCGCCUUUAUGUGUUGGACACGUCAGGUGGAGAGUGGUGGUACGCCCACAACAACACGGAAAUGGGCUACAUCCCCGCGGCCUACGUCCAGCCGGUUAACUUCAGGAACUCUUCGCUCAGCGACAGUGGGAUGAUUGACAGUCUUGGAGAGGGAUACGAGGAUGGGUCGAAGGAGUUUGGGGGUUUGGGAGAGUGGACAGGGAUGAGCCUUAAACCCUCACCGACUUACAACAACAGCCCCUUCUCUGUGAACCCUUUUAUUCGUCCUUUAGAUCAAAACUGCAAAGAUUUAGGGGUGAGGAACUCAACGGACCUUAUUCUGUUCGAUGCACUGGCAUCUCCGUCGUCUUGCUCGAACUUUAACACCGGUACAAUCAUGAGUAAUGGGUUCAGCAGCUGCCACAUUAACACCCCCACCAGCCCAAAUCAAGAAGUUCUACCUAACCUCCACAGGGAUAACCCGUUUUUCAGGAGUAAACGUUCCCAUAGCCUCUCAGAGCUGUCAGUUCUGCAAGCGCAGUCGAAUCCAACUUUACCCUCUUCGGGAUUCUUCACAGGCCUUAAGGCUCCGUCGCCGGAGCAGUUUCAGAGCAGGGAGGACUUCAGGACUGCUUGGUUGAACCACAGAAAGCUCGCCAGGUCUUGCCAUGACCUGGACUCCCUGGGACAGAGUCCUGGUUGGGGCCAGACGCAGCCAGUGGAGACCAACAUCGUGUGCAGGUUGGACAGUAGCGGAGGAGUCGUCCAGCUCCCUGAAACCCAAAUCAGCAUCCACAUCCCAGAAGGCCACGUCAGCCAUGGAGACCACCAGCAGAUCUCCAUGAAAGCCUUACUGGACCCUCCGCUGGAGCUAAACGGCGACCACUGCUCCACCGUAAGCCCCGUGGUGGAGAUCAAACUGAGCAACAUGGAGACUAAGUCUUUUAUCACGUUGGAGAUGAAGGUUUUGGUAACAGUCAAGACGGACAGCUGUCACACUGCGGAGGUGCUUUGCGUUCGAAGUGAUUGCAAAGAGGGUCCUUACACGCCCAUUCCUAACGCGUACAUUUACAAGGAUACAGUCCAGGUGCAGCUGGAUAGUCUGGAGCCGUGUAUGUACGUGGCGGUUGUGGUUCAGUCGCAGUACGUCACCCAGAACACCACAGUUUGGGAUCAUGUGCAGAGAAAAGUCACUUUAGGCGUCUACGGACCCAAGCACAUUCACCCAUCCUUCAAGACUGUUGUAGCCAUGUUUGGGCAUGACUGCGCCCCCAAGACCUUGUUGGUAAACGAGGUGGGGCGGCAGGCUAGCUCCAGUCCACCAGUGGCCCUCCAGCUUUGGGGGAAGCACCAGUUCGCUUUAGGGUACCCUCAGGACCUCCAGGUGGGAUUGUACUCCAACAUGUCCAACUACCAGGUGAAGGCGAGCGAGUGUGCGGGGGUGAUCCGGGGGUUUCAGGUCAAACUGGGGAAAGUGAGCAGGCUCCUGUACAUGAUCACGUCUCACAACCCAAACAGCAUCUCAGACUUCACUCUCAGGGUCCAAGUCAAGGACGCCCUUGACUGCAUCCUCACCCAGUUCUGCGUCCAAACUCCGCCGCCGCCACCAAAGAGCGGAGCGAGGAUAACGGGCCAGAGGAGGUUUCUGAAAAAGAGGGAGGUGGAUAAGAUCGUCCUCUCGCCUCUGGCUGUCACUUCAAAAUACCCAAAGUUUCAGGACCGCUGCAUUACCAACUUAAAAUUCGGGAAGUUGAUUAAAACCGUGAUCCGGCAGCAUAAGAGCACGUAUUUGUUGGAGUACAAAAAAGGGGAUGUUAUUGCUUUGCUCAGCGAGGAGAAAAUCAAACUUCGAGGGCAGCUGCGGACCAAAGAGUGGUACAUUGGAUACUAUCAGGGGAAGAUCGGCCUCGUCCACGCCAAGAACGUUUUAGUUCUGGGGAAAGUCAAGCCCAUUUACUGGUGUGGGCCGGAUCUUACGACCACAAUGCUGCUGGAGCAGAUCCUGAAGCCUUGCAAAUUUCUUACGUACAUCUACGCAACAGUGAGGACGGUUUUAAUGGAGAAUGUGGGCAACUGGAGGGCGUUUGCCGACGCACUGGGGUACGGGAAUUUGCCGCUGAACUAUUUUUGCCGGACCGAGCUGGACAAUGAGCCGGAGAAGGUGGCGUCGGUUCUGGAGAAACUCAAAGAGGAGUGUACGAACAUGGACAACAAGGAGAGGAAGUCCUUCCAGAGGGAACUCAUGAUGGCAUUGCUGAAGAUGGACUGCCAGGGUCUGGUCGCUCGACUGGUCCUGGAUUUCGUCUUGUUGACCACGGCGGUGGAGGUGGCGUUUCGGUGGAGGGAGCUGGCUGAGAAGCUAGCCCGAGUGUCCAGACAGCAGAUGGAGGCUUAUGAGGCUCCGCAUCGAGACAAGAACGGCUUUUUGGACAAUGAGUCCAUGUGGAAGCCAGCCUACGACUUCCUCCUGACGUGGGCCGCCCACGUGGGGGACAGCUACCGAGACGUGAUCCAGGAGCUCCACCUCGGCCUGGACAAGAUGAGGAACCCCAUCACCAAGAGGUGGAAGCACCUGACCGGCACGCUGAUCCUCGUCAACUGCCUCGAUUCGCUCCGCAGUGCCGCCUUCUGUCCCACCGGAUACGGAGAUUUUGCCGUGUGA